AUGAUCCGCACUUCAACCCUGCUGCUCGCAGCCCUUGACGCGUAUGCACUCGCUGCUGCCGUCCCAGCCCCAGCCCCGGCCGCUACUGGAGAGCCUGCCGCACUCCCAAGACAACGUCCAAUCGACGCUGCGGACCCGCUCAUCACACCCUCGCCCGCUCUCAAUGAAGCCACCCGCACCUAUCUCGAGCGCCGAGAUCUGCUGGACGAUAUCAAAAGUGGUGUGAACUCAGCCCUUAGCGCACUAGGAUCCGAUAUUCCCAGCUACGUUACCGACGGUGUCGCCAACUUCUUCCAGAACUUCCCCUCUGGCAGCGCCGUGCAGAGCUCGCUCGGCCUGAAUGAUAGCCAGCUGGCCGCGCUGCCGACCCAGGUGCUCAACAUCCCUCCUUAUGGCAACUGGACCGACCAGGGUUGGAACGUCCGCUUCCACGGCAACGUUUACAAGCAGCCCAACACCAGCCGGGAAAAGUUAAACGACUUGGCCAACGUCUUCCUCAUUGGGACGGACAUCGAGGAUCUGCCCGCUUCGCAGCAGGACCAGGCUCGCAACUUGACCGCCGAGAUUUUUAUCGUGCAGCAGGGUAAUGAGACGGUCAAGGUGAACCUUGAGCCCGCCGCGAGCGCCGGCGGUGAUGGCGAACCCGGAGGCGGUGGUGCCGUGACACCCUCUGGUGGAAACCAGACGCUCACGCUGCCCUACAAUACUACGGCUGAAGGCGAUUUCGACGUCUUUUUGCCCAUCGCCAACACCACGGGUGGCCUUGCCGCCGGUAACGCGACGAGCAAGAUCCAGCGUCUCAAUGUUUACGCCGACAAUGCUACUCUGGGUAAUGCAACCGCGUAUUUGGUGCCUCCGAAGGGCAUGACCAUCAUCAGCGACAUCGACGACAUUUUGCGUGUGACCAAGAUUUAUCAGCCGAAGGAGGGCCUGUUGAACUCUUUCGCCCGGCCGUUCACACAGUGGAUGAAUAUGCCGGACAUUUACGCCAACUGGUCCAGGUCCCUGCCGGACAUGCAUUUCCACUACCUGACCACCACCCCGGAGCAGGUGACGCGCAAUUAUAUGGACUUUAUCUUCAAGACUUACCCUGGUGGUAGUUUUGAUACUCGCCCGCUCAACUUCUCCGACGUCUCGGCGACCCUCAGUAUCCGCAGGUUCCUGCUGGACAAGAUCUUCCAGACCUUCCCGGAGCGCAAGUUCAUCCUCGUGGCCGACACGUCCAACUCGGACGUCAUGAAGGCCUACCCAGCGCUGGCGCACGACUACCCCAACCAGGUGCAGUGCAUCUUCCUACGCAACACAUCGGCCACAGACGACGACAAGUUCCCGUACGACACGUCGGGCUUCAAGGACCUCAACCAGCAGAUGUACAUGUUUUUCAAGGUGCCCGACGACUUGACCAACCUCGAUAUCGAGGGCGGCCGCUGCUACAACUCCUCCAUUCCCCAGAACGUCACCUUUUCAACCCAGGACGAGCUACUCGGCAUCCAUGGUGACAGCGCUGCCUCCGGACCUGUGCAGGCUCCCAGCAAGAGCGGCGUGUUUGGUCUGGUCGUCGCGUUGGGAGUCGCCGUGUGGAUGGGACUGUAG